UGUAAAUACUUGUUUUGUUUAAAUGGGCUGAUUGUUGGAAAUGACACAUUUGAUCCAAAUUUGUACGUAAUUUUCAUGCAACUACCAUUUACAAGUUUGAUUUAACUUUUGGUUUUUUCCAACAAUUAAUUCUAUAUAUUCUGGCAUCCUUGUUCGAAGUUGUGAGUGAGAUAAACUCGGAUCAAAAGUCUACCAACGCAGUUAUUUUGGAUCAAAAUUAUUUCAUUUUAUAAUUAAAAAAACUUAAAGAUAAUGGGAAUUGAAAACUAAGCUAAAUCCCUGAAAUUUUACUUGAAUUAAUAUUUUUUUGUUUCAAGAAUGAAUUAAUCAAUAACACAGAAAAGAAAUAAAGUUAAAAAGAAAAAGAGAGGAUAAAAAGCUUCAGCGGCUUAAAAAUAUAGCAAAAAAACAAGUGCGACUUUAGCUUGAAAUUCAUAGCUCAAUAAGUAAUGGGCAAAAUAAUCAUUUCCUCCAAAAAAAAAAUAAGGAAAAAGAAAAGAUGCCUCGGAAGAGAAACCAGAGCGACGACGAAGAGGACGAUACCUUCUUCUACCGCUACUCCUCCGCCGCCGCCGAGGCGACGCCGUCCACCGGCGCAUCCAAAUCCUCGCGCGGCGGCGGAAGCGGAGGGCUGGCGCCGUCGAAAUCGACGGUGUACGUCAGCAACAUCGACUACAACCUGACCAACUCCGACCUCCACACGAUCUUCUCCACCUUCGGCAAGCUCGCCAAGGUCACGGUGCUCAAGGACCGCGCCACGCGCCAGAGCAAGGGCGUGGCGUUCGUCCUCUUCGUCCGCCGCGAGGACGCCGCCAGGGCGGCCAAGGAGAUGGACGGGAAGAUCCUCAACGGCCGAACCCUACGCGCCUCGAUCGCCGCCGACAACGGGCGCGCGACGGAGUUCAUUAAGAAGAAGGUGUACAAGGACAAGAGCAGGUGCUACGAGUGCGGCGAGGAGGGGCAUUUGUCGUACGAGUGCCCGCGGAAUUUUUUGGGGCCGAGGGAGCGGCCGCCGCCGCCGAAGAAGGGGAGGCGAGGCGGUAGCGGUGGAGGGGAGAGUAGGGGGAGGGAUUUUGAAGGGGGGGAGGAGGAGGAGGAGGAGGAACGGGAAGAUGAAGGUGAGCUGGAGAUGGAGAAUUGGGCGUCGGUGGUGGAUGGAGGAGGGGCGGCGGAGGAGAGGCUGCUGAAGGUGGAGGAUGGGAAGGGAGGAGUGAGAAAGGAGAGGAGAGAGAAGAAGAAGGGUUAUUUUAGCGAUGAGAGUGAUGAUGAGGAUUGAGAUUUCGGAAGGAUAAUGGAUUUUAUCUGCCAAUUUUUGUAAAAUCUGUUUUUAGUUUCAUCCAUACACACUUUAUUCAUCAUGUUUGUUUUCAAAUUUUCGAAUUCACAAACUUAUUCAACUUCA